ACAAAACAAACUUUACAUCGGGAGUGACGACGUCUUUCUUGCCACGAAGUACCAUCAGCAAGGUCCGUUACCAUAGUUACUCCACAGAGAGGGCGCGACUGCUCACGUGACCCAGCAAGAUGGCGACCACAAUGCAGAAUGGAUUUGAUUUAAACUGAGUAGGUCUGUUUUUGCUGUUCUGCUGGUUAAUUGUUAAUCAUAAUUAUCAUCACAUCACAAAAUCAAGAUGGCCCUAAAUGUCUUUGAUCAUGAUGAAUACAGGCCACCGGUGUGGAAGUCUUACUUGUACCAGCUCCAGCAGGAGGCACCUCACCCACGCAGACUCACCUGCACCUGCGAGGUGGACAACCGACCUAAAUACUAUGGAAGAGAGUACCACGGGAUGAUCUCAAGAGAAGAGGCCGACCAGUCGCUGAGUCAGGCCGAAGGCAGCUACCUCAUCAGAGAGAGUCAGAGGCAGCCGGGCACGUACACACUGGCUCUAAGGUUCGGCAACCAGACAAGAAACUUCCGUCUCUACCAUGACGGGAAGCACUUUGUUGGAGAGAAGAGGUUCGAGUCCAUCCACGACCUGGUCACAGACGGCCUCAUCACACUCUACAUUGAGACAAAGGCAGCGGAGUACAUCGCUAAGAUGACCAUAAACCCAAUCUAUGAACACGUGGGCUACACCACCCUGAACCAGGAGCCCACUCUGAAAAAACACCUGCCACAAAGCCCCGAGGCCCCAGAUGGACCUGCUCCAGCCAAAGACGACUGUAAUGCGGAGGAGAGGCUCACAUCGCUGGUGCGGCGGGCCACCCUGAGGGAGAGCGACUUGGCGCCCAAGUACGAGAAGGUUCACAACUUCAAGGUCCAUACAUUCAGAGGCCCCCACUGGUGUGAGUACUGCGCCAACUUCAUGUGGGGGCUCAUCGCACAGGGAGUCAAGUGUGCAGACUGCGGGUUAAACGUUCAUAAGCAGUGCUCCAAAGUCGUGCCGAACGACUGCCAGCCGGACUUGCGGCACGUCAAGAAGGUGUACAGCUGCGACCUGACCACGCUGGUCAAAGCCCACAACACCAAGAGGCCCAUGGUGGUCGACAUGUGCAUACAGGAAAUCGAGGCGAGAGGUCUCCAGUCGGAGGGUUUGUACAGGAUAUCAGGCUUCAGUGAGCUGAUAGAAGAUGUCAAGCUGGCCUUUGACAGAGAUGGAGAGAAGGCAGACAUUUCCUCAAACGCUUAUGAGGACCUCAACAUCAUCGCUGGAGCCCUCAAACUCUACUUCAGAGAGCUGCCUAUCCCCCUCAUCACAUACGAUGCCUACCCACGCUUCAUAGAAACAGGAAAGAUUGCAGACCCUGAAAAGCGUCUGGAGUCCCUCCACGAGUCCUUGAAGCUGCUGCCGCCAGCUCACUGCGAGACGCUGCGGUACCUCAUGGCUCACCUCAAGAGAGUGACUGAGUAUGAGAAGGAGAACCUCAUGACCAGCGAGAACCUGGGUAUCGUCUUCGGCCCGACACUGAUGAGGGCCCCCGGGCUGGACGCCAUGACGGCGCUCAACGACAUCCGAUACCAGAGACUCGUGGUGGAAAUGCUCAUUACCAACGAAGACGUGUUGUUCUGAGAGGAGGGGAAGACGGACAGAUUGGGAAGUCCUCCUGUGAAAAGAUGGAAGAAAAAGCUGACUUUUUACAGGAAGAUGAAGAAGAAACAUGCAAGAUACCCGGAGAGGACAACAAGGACUGUUUUUGUGAGGAGUGGAGGAAACGAUGAAGGAAGUGAUUAUUUGCACUGAAGGAAUUGAUUUAGAAAAAAAAAACAUAGUGGAGAAGAAGUAGAUGGAAGGAUGCAGUGUUUCCUUACAUUUAAAAUGUAAAACUAAAUCAGUAGACCUGAAGCUUCCACAGAAGAUCCCAAAUGUGUCAAAUAAGGACAAUUUCCCAACCUUACUCAAUAGCAAAAAACAAUUAUGAUCUUCUCUUGAUCAGCUGGGAGAAUAGAUAAAUAUAUUCUAAGGAGAAAUGAAUAGUAGCUUUGCAAAAACACUACUUUGUCUAUGUAGGGGAAACUCUGUAAUCCUUCUUUAUCUUAAUAUCUUUCUUAAACGGAUGCCUUGACAGUCUUUGUUUUCUUCACUAGACUUAUUUUAGGUCUCACAGUUGAGGGGAAAGAACCUUUGAAACUCUUAGGUUGUUAGCAUUCACCACAGAAACCAAAUGAGCCACAAGAUUAUAAACAAGCGUCACCAAUGUUCCUCAAACUGUGAUGGUCAAACCCUUUGUUUUCCAUAGUGUCAAGAUAUCUCUUUAAUCCUCCUCAAGAAGAAGAAGAAGAAGAAGAAGAAGAAGAAGAAGAAGAAGAAGAAGAAGAAGAAGAAGAAGAAGAAGAAGAAGAAGAAGAAGAAGAAGAAGAAGAAGAAGAAGAAGAAGAAGAAGAAGAAGAAGAAGAAGAAGAAGAAGAAGAAGAAGAAGAAGAAGAAGAAGAAGAAGAAGAAGAAGAAGAAGAAGAAGAAGAAGAAGAAGAAGAAGAAGAAGAAGAAGAAGAAGAAGAAGCAUCGUCUUCAUAACAGUAGACAGCUGGAUGAAUGAAUGGAAGAAGGGAACCACGUACUGCUCACUCAUUCCUCUGGUGGAACUUAAGUGACUUGGAUCUAUUUGUGUUUUCAUUCCUCCUUUAAAACUCUUCACUGUACAGCUCCCUCUUCUGUUCUGUUUCAUUGUCUGUAAUGUAAUUAUACAGUCAUUUUACACCAAGUAGUUUUUUAUUUGCUAACAUAGAAAAUAAUAAUGCAGACGUUCCUUUUUUGUGUGUCAUAUUACAAGCUUUUGUUUGAUUUGUUUCUGUGUAAUUACAUUACAGCUGAUGGAGCAGAACAUUAAAUGGUUUAGCGUUUGCUGUGUUCUCUCACUUCUCCGCCUGCUUGCGUCGCCUCUGAAGGUGAAAAAUUACGGGAAGUUUUGGGAACAUUUUAUAACGAAUACUCUCCAUCGGGGCUUAAAUUGGCAUCUCCACACAACACUAAUUCAUUGGCAGGUGGUGAAGAGAGGAACGCAUCAUACUGGACUUGAAACAUAAAUAUGUGAAACGGUGCUUUAUGUUGUGUUUGCUUUGCUUUUGGUUUGUAAUUUGGAUAAAGCAGUAUUGUAAUUAAGCAGUGUUAACAAGUAGAUUUUGUGCUCUGAAUACUAAUUGAAAUUGUUGAUCGUUUUCCCAGAUGCAAUUUAAAAGAAUUGAAAUAAUAAUUGUAAGGCCUGUCUACUUUAUUGGCCUGCGUGGGAUAAUUCAGACACUUCAGUAUCGAGAUGAGCUUUGAGUGCCCAAUUAUUUGACAUUUUAAUAUCCCAAAACUUAAAGCAAAGAAGCUCAAUAAAACUAAAAACGUUAAUUAUUCUGUAUCCGUGUUUGAAAUUAAUGGAAUUAAUGAUACAACUGUGAAAAAUGAUAUCGCUUACACAAAAGUAAAGACUUGUUUGGAUCAUUUUAAUUCAACACUUUCUUUUUAAAGACGCAGACAAAAUGAGAUUUUACCUAAAUACAAGUUCUUGUAAUCGAAUGCCAUACAGAUGACUGAUUUCAGAUGUGAAGAUGAGCUGCUGGUUACACGUUGCAAAGGUUUGCUGUAAUGUUUUCACCUGAUGUGAUGGAAGCAGUAUUAAUUGUGGGACGAUGUUGUAGUCAUUACCAUGACUUUAUUUUUUAACUAGUGCCAUUUGAAAAGGGUGGAGGUGUAAAGUGGAUGCCUUCUGCAUGUAACCCCCACCUCAGCUAACACACUAAACCCCCUUUUCAUUAAUUUCUACCCCCAUUUCUGUCGGGGGGGGCGCGGGGUUACCAAUUACCUACUCCUGGUGUGCUUCAUUUGCACAGCAGUGACGACCCACCACACGCCUAGACCCGUUUCACAGAGCAAAGAAGGUGUUAGGGUUAUAAAAAAUCAAUUGCUGUGUGCAAAAUGGAUGUAACAUAAUUUUUCUAACAAAUCUUGAUUUUUGGUUAUUCAUGUGUUUUUUUUUAUUUGAACUAUUUUGUUGACUUUAUGAUGUACUAACCCGAUGAAAACGUCUGAGCCUUCAUUGAUCUGUGACACUUAUUUUGUGUUUUGGCAUCAUACAAUGUCCUUUUUUUUAUGCCGUCAUUGCUGUAAAGUAUUUUCUAUAUGGUUUAUGCAUGGUGAAAUUAAAUUAUUAAGUAUGGCUCUCA